UGUUGGUAAAGAUGUUGAAAUCGAACCGCCAUUCUAUUGUGAUUAUGGAUAUAAUAUUCACGUUGGAGAUAAUUUUUAUUGUAAUUUUAACUGUACAAUAUUAGAUUGUAAUAAAGUUGAAAUUGGAGAUCGUGUUAUGUUUGGACCAAAUGUUUCACUUUAUCCUGCAACUCAUCCUUUACAACCUGAAGAAAGAUCAAAAGGCCCUGAAUAUGCUCUUCCCAUAAAGAUUGGAAAUGAUGUAUGGAUUGGCGGUGGAGCCAUUAUUUGUCCUGGAAUUACCAUUGGGAAUGGGGUAACUGUUGGUGCAGGAUCUGUGGUUACUAAAAACGUUCCAUCAUAUGUAGUUGUAGCUGGUAAUCCGGCUAAAAUUAUUAG